ACACUAGUAUUUACUCAGUGUAACAAUGUUUGAGGUCAUCUGACUGGGUAAAGGUGCGAGCCAGGCUCUGAUUAUGAAACAGUCGAGAUGGAGAAAACACAUACCUAGAAGGCCUGGCAAAUCUUUCAUUACAAAUACAGUAGAAUAUAAUAGAAAUAUUUUUUAUUGUCCUAAAGUGAGGAAAUUCAGAAGCACCAGCACCAAGUUAGAGCAGAGGGACCAGACGAUACCGUGAGGCGGCUUGCAGCUGCUUGAUGAAAAGAGGAAAACAUUUAUUUUUACUGACAGACAGAGGCAUGGAUUCAUGGAUGACAGGCGUGUUUGUGCUCUUUGCACUGUUCAUGCCUGUUUGCUGUGAAGAAACUUUUUUCACUGAUCCGGUCAUCUGCUACUUUCUGGACGCGUUUCUGAUGGUUUACUGUAUUGCUGCAACGGCGCUGUUCUUCAGAGAAAAAUUCUCCAAAAUGCCACGAGUUCAACCGGAGCCUGGAGAAAAGGGGGGCAUUUACCAGGAACUCGAGAGGCCAAAGGACACUGAUGCUUAUGAUAUGCUUGACCCCAAAAAAGCAAAGGGAAAAAGUGACAGGAAGAAGAGAGCUAAGAAGAGCCAGGGCAAGCCGAAGGAUAAGGAUCCGUAUGAAUCUGUUCCCACCAGCCCUCGGCCCUCUGCAGCUCCGUAGCGACGCAGUUACAGAAACAGAAAAGUUCAUUGCAGCUGAGAUGAAUGGAAGAUUACUGCCUGUUUUUUUAUGUAAAGGCUUUCCUUUUCUCUUCGCUUUUUUGUAUCGAUAAGCACUUCAUUUAUUUUGUGGUUCGUUAGAUAAAACGUGGUUGGAUUUUUGGGAGACAUGAGGUUUUGUACCGAUGAGAACAGAUAGUUAUGCGCUGUGUAAAACAAGACGACCUUUUUUCUUCACUGUCUGGCAUUAAAUCAGACUAAACAUUCCCUGUCUUAUGUCAGCUUCUUAAGUUGUUUCUAUUUGCUAAAUAGCUGAAUAAUGACAUUUUUACCUUCUUCAAACCCAGAAGUUUAAACACACCUACUGGUUUGAUUCUCAUUUGAGUAAAAUGAAGGCAACUCAAAACUGA